AUGGAGUUUCUGCGCUCGUCGUUGCGUCUCGCACGCCAAGCACGAGUUGCGCGAAAGCGCUUCGUCGUUCCCGCAUCCGUGGCGGACGAUUUCGCUGUAUCAGCGCCGAGACUGAUAACCACCGCGACUGAUUUCGCAGUAUCGGCGACAUUUACGAAUGCGGUUACCAUUCCCGCGGACGUUGCUUCUCAAAGCACCCGCCACGCGGCAACCCACCACGGGUCGAAUCCGCAUCAAGACUCGAAUCGGCGCGCAGCGAGCAAUGCGUCGCGGGAACAGCGGACGUCCGCGUUUGAGUCGUCCCGAAGAAAGGUUGCGCUGUGGGGGAACGGGGAUCACGGACGGCUGGGGCUGGGGAGCGAGAUGGGGGGGAGUAGCGGGGAGAAUGGCGGAGGCGGAGGGUGGUGGGGGUGGGGGAGAGUCGGGAGGGAAACUGGCGGAGCAGAAGCGGAUAGGAAUGAGGAUGGGGGAUCUGUGAAUGUCCCACGAGUUUGCGCGGCAUUGGAGGAUAAGGACGUGUGCCACGUGGGAUGUGGUGGUGCUCACACGGUCGUGCUGACAGCGGAUGGCAGGGUGUACAGCAUGGGACUCAACGACCAGGGGCAGCUGGGCUUGGGUGAAUCCAGGGCUCCACCACUUGUCACUGUGAGUGCUUGCUGCUUUAGAUCCGUUAUUCUACGCAUUCCUGCCCUUCCACCUGCUUUGCUUUCGGUUCAGCAAUUCCAGUCGUUUGUACUAUGUGAGUGCAUUUGCUUUCGGUUCAAGCUUACCCAACGUCGAAACAGUCCUUUCACUCAACCCAUCACGUGGACGCAAUGUCUUACACUCAACCAUCUCUUCCACCCCUGCCCAAUUCCUUCCCGUUUCAUGCGGUGCUUGUUUCCUGCAGUCGCCAAAGAGGUGGUCGGCUGGCCAUCGCAGCUGCUGGCUUCCAUUCAGCAGCCAUAA